AUGACCGGCCAAAAUCUCAGCAACUAUCUACCUCCUGGCAUGUUCGAAACACUCACGCCCGAAGAAGUACGGAAUGCCAUUUACGGCAGCAAGUUCGUCUUUGUCACGGAGCAUAAGGGCCUUCCAAAACAGCAUCGACUUGUCAAAUGGGUCGGAGGCUAUUGCGUUCUUGGCUACGUCGUGACCCAAAUCCUGUUCUUGGGCGUCUGGUGUAGGCCAAUCCAGCAGUAUUGGCAAGUCCCCGUCGACAACUCACAAUGUGCCUCUUACUACCAUCACCUUGUAACUGCGUCAGUUUUCAAUAUUAGCUCGGAUUUAAUUAUGCUGCUUAUUCCUCUGCCCAUGCUUAUCAAAGCACGUCUUCCUUUCAAACGAAAGCUUGUCCUGUGUGGCGUUUUCUCUCUCGGUAUCUUUGUCAUUCUCGCCGCCAUCCUCAACCGAUACUACAAUUUCACGGCCGGAUAUGGAUCUCUGAUAUACUUGAACUGGUAUGCUGGAGAAGCAGCCACCGCGGUUAUGGUAGCCAAUAUUCCCCAUUGCUGGCCGAUCCUGAGUCGCGUCUUCCGUCUCGGCAGCUUCAAGGCCACGAGCCAGGGUGGUGGGGCCUCUGGAGAUCGGUACAAGUUCUCCUCCCAAACAGGCAUGAAUAGCAGCCGCAACCGUCGCCAAUACGAUGAACAUGGGUAUAUGCGCAGUGAAAGCGAAGAGAGAAUCGCGAAUGCCGGUACCACGCCUGGGUUCCUCAGCAGUGCUCCCGGAGACGCUACUCCACGAGCGCCCUCCGUCCAUCCAGAGGAACUUGAGAUGGGUCGGAUGAAGGCUGAAGAGGCAUAUAUGAAUCAGGAGCCUUACAUUGGCACUGCAAUUACUGCAGGAAAUCAAGAGCGGAGCCCCUAUGAAAAGGAGGCUGGGACCAUCGUCAAGACCGUGUCUAUGAACCAGACAGUCUCUGAUCAUCACUGA